AUUACCCCAACUGCCAUUACAAAUUGAGAAGAAGAAGAAAAAAAAUCCAGAAUUUACUUUGCUGUAGGAUAACCUUUCCAAAAACAACAGCAGUAAUGAAGUCAGCGCUGCUUCACGUGUCGGUGCCGUUUGUGCUGUGUGUCGCCUUGGCGAACACCAACCUGUUCGACGAAGUUGAGGUGGACUUGUCUUAUGAGCACUAUGCAGAGAAGACGGUUGAUUAUCUGCCCGGUUUCCUCACGAUGCCCUUUAACUGCCUGGUUAACCUGGCUUAUAUCUACAUGGGACUUUACUGGCUGCUGCGGCGCAGGGGCGUCAAAGAACCCACUCAGAGUCGGUAUAUGAGGGAAGUUUUCGCACUGAUGGCGCUCUUUUACGCACCUGUGCAGUGGGCGCGCCUGGCAAUGCUGCGGCGCGCUCCCGCCGUGCUCGACCAGUGGUUUACCUUACCGAUCUUCGCUUGGGUUCCGGUGUGGAUCACCUUCAUUGAAUGCGGGCCGGAGAAGUGGCGCGCGUCGCACGCUGCAGCCCUUGAACUGUGCUCCAUCCUCAGCUACGGCCUGGCGCUGGCGCACCAGCGGGGUUUCGAGGUAGCGCUGGGCUGUCAUGUCGCCCUUGCGCUGUACAAGGGACUCCGUGUGCAGCUGGUGCACGGAGACGGCCGCUCGCGGAGAUCUCUCCUGCUGGCCGUGCUGUCAUGCGCCGGGUUCGUGAUCCUGAAGCUGCUGGAUCACUGGCUCGCCCAGUACCAGCUGUUCCAGCGACUCACUGGCCACUUCUGGUCCAAAGUUUGCGACGUGCUGCAGUUCCACUUCAGCUUCUGUUUCCUGACCACACUGACUCAGAGGGCAUACAGAGAGACGUAACACGGCAGGAGUGAACAAAGAUCUUCACGGAUCACCGGCAUACCCUUUUGUAAAAAUAAAAAGUCAAGAGGCA